ACGCCUUUAAAUAAAUAAAUAAAAAACAGCUCAAACGAAUAUCCACAAUAACAGUUUUACGUUCAAGUUACUAUAUUUGCUUUUCGGAUAUCCACGCUGUUAAUAGUAAGUUUGCAAAUUAGACUUACUUGUAAAGACAUCAUGGAGUGGGUGUAAAUAAUAUUAAUAACAAUAAUAAUGAACUAUAAAAAGCACCCUCGUUGUUUAAAUUGUAGCUAAAAGCUAGCAUUUCGUUCAUUUACCUCCAAAAAGUUUUGGUUUCCGCCUGUUGUAGUUUAUUGGUUCCACUUUGAAUGCGAACAUUUUCAGCACUAAGCUGCACACGAUCUAUUUUCUACCAGAAUUUCCUUUCAAUUUAUCAGCAGUGUGCCAAUCUCAUAAAUGUAAACAGAGCGCUCCGGUUAACGGGGUAGGAACUAAUGUUUAUGAGUACUGAAGUCCGGUCGGAAGCAAUUUCUUGAACACCACAUGUGUAGAGGUCGCAUGCAGGAGUUGGAUUCAUUGAUUUUAAGCUCAAUGUGGUUAUUUGUGGGACUUGUUAUUUAUAAAUAUGACUGUCGAUAUUUGAAUGGACGCCAGUGUACAUGAAUGACUGUCAUAUGUUGAUAUUUGGGCUCAAGACGAGGAAAGUAAACAUUAGUAAACAAAUCAUCCGGGGUGUCGCGCGGAACAGCAGAUGAUUAUCAUUUCAUAGUAACGGUAUCAAAGACUUGGUGAUCAUCAUGCCGCUGUCCGAUUUUCUGGAGGCUCUGAAGGACAACCCGUACUUCGGCGCCGGUUUUGGUCUGGUUGGCGUUGGAACGGCACUGGCAUUGGCCAGGAAAGGCGCCCAGGUGGGGACUAUUUUCUUCCGCAGACAUUACAUGAUCACCCUGGAGGUACCAAGCAGGGACAAGAGCUACCACUGGCUGCUGAGCUGGAUCACCAAACACGCCAAGCACACUCAGCACCUCAGUGUGGAGACCUCCUACCUGGCGCACGAGAGUGGACGGGUCCAGACUCAGUUUGAUUUCCACCCUAGCCCUGGAAACCACAUCAUCUGGUAUGGGAGGAAGUGGAUUAUGGUGGAGCGCACCAGAGAGAAACAAAUGGUGGAUCUGCACACUGGAACUCCAUGGGAGUCGGUCACUUUCACAGCUUUAGGAAGAGACAGACAAAUCUUCUUCAAUAUCUUACAAGAAGCGAGGGAGCUAGCUCUGAAGCAGGAGGAAGGGAGAACAGUGAUGUACAGCGCCAUGGGAGCAGAAUGGAGGCCCUUUGGGUUUCCACGACGACGCAGGCCCCUCAGCUCAGUGGUUCUGGAUGUUGGAGUGGCUGAAAAAAUUGUGGAUGACGUGAAGGAUUUCAUUGGAAAUCCUAAAUGGUACACAGAUAGAGGUAUUCCUUAUAGAAGAGGGUAUUUGCUUUACGGUCCUCCAGGAUGUGGAAAGAGCAGUUUUAUCACAGCGCUGGCAGGAGAGCUCGGCUACAGCAUCUGUCUGAUGAGUCUGAGCGACAGAACACUCUCAGAUGACCGCCUGAACCAUCUCCUGAGUGUGGCGCCGCAACAGAGCAUCAUUCUGCUGGAGGAUGUGGAUGCUGCGUUUGUGAGCCGAGAGUUGCUUCCCACUGAGAAUCCUCUGGCCUUCCAGGGAAUGGGCAGACUGACCUUCAGUGGACUGCUGAACUCUCUGGACGGAGUGGCUUCAUCGGAGGCCAGAAUCGUUUUCAUGACCACCAAUUUCAUAGACAGGUUAGACCCGGCGCUUAUCCGACCGGGCCGGGUUGACAUGAAGCAGUACAUCGGGCAUUGCACUCACUGGCAGCUGGCGCAGAUGUUCAGGCGCUUCUAUCCAGACCAGCCGGCUCUCGAAGGAGAGAAGUUUGCAAAACUGGCUUUGGACGCCAACGCUGACAUCAGCGCCGCACAAGUGCAAGGACACUUUCUGCUGCACAAAAAAGAUCCUGCAGGCUCUAUAGACCAUGUUGACCAAAUAAAAGGAUGACUGGACAAAAUGUUUUUACGUCUUCUUAAAUAAAUUAUAUCUACAGAUAA